AUGCCGCCACACAUCGGGAAUCUAAGCUUCCUUAGAGAACUAGAUUUCCAAAACCACAGUCUUGUUCAUGAAAUCCCCUCAGAACUUGGACGAAAUAGUUUUCGUGGAAGUAUCCCCGAUUCUCUUGGUCAUCUGGGCAACUUGACAGUGAUUGCAUUAGACGGAAGUAGAUUGUCUGGUGCCAUCCCUCCGUCAAUCUUAAUCUCUCUUCCCUCACAGGAAAUUUACGGUGAGGGUAGUUAUGGUUCUGUGUAUAAAGGAGUUCUUGAGGACCAGAAUGGAAAUGAAAGUGUAGUUGCCGUAAAGGUCCUUAACCUUUCUCACCAAGGGGCUUCCAAGAGUUUUCUUUCCGAGUGCGAGGCCUUGAGGAACAUUGGACAUCGAAAUCUUGUCAACGUAGUCACUGCAUGUUCAGGUGCCGAUUACCAAGGGAAUGAUUUUAAAGCACUGGUUUAUGAGUUCAAGGAGAAUACGAGCCAACCAAACAACAUUCUUCUCAACAAAGACAAGGUUGCACAUGUUGGUGACUUUGGGUUAGCACGAUCUCUUCUGAAUGCUAGUUAUAGCAACUCUGCACAACAAACAAGUAGUUCAAUUGGACUAAGAGGAUCCAUUGGUUAUGUUGCACCAGAGUAUGGCUUGGGAAGUGAGCCGUCGAUGCCUGGGGAUGUGUACAACUAA